GAAAGUUUUGUUACAGUGAGACCAAAAGAAGUUACGAUGAUGGCAUCGACUUCUGUAGGCCUAGGGGCAGUUUCAACUACUGAAGAGCACAUUGUUAGAAUUCCCAGAGAUUGUCGUAAAAAGUUCAGCAUAAUGAAAUUUGCUUCAGGGACAGAAGUUGAAUUUCUGAAAUCAACCCAGAUUCCUGUGAAAAUUGAAAGAGAAAAUAACUUGAAAGAAUACAAACUGGCCAACGACAUAGACAUGAUGCCUAAGUUUGGAGCCGGAAGUGAAUAUGGCCGGGAGCAGAAGGAGGAGGCUCGGAAGAAGAAGUAUGGAAUCAUGAUCAAGAAGUACAAACCCGAAGACCAGCCAUGGCUCAUGAAAGUCGGUUCGGGAAAAAAUGCCAAAAAAUACAAAGGUCUGCGAGAGGGUACAAUCUCAGAAAACACAGCAUACUACAUCUUCAUGCAAUCUGCUGAUGGAGCAUACGAAGCUUUUCCUGUAGAAGAGUGGUACAACUUCGCACCACAGAUCAGAUACAAAUACCUCAACUCAGAAGAGGCAGAAGAAGAAUUCACAAGACGAGACAAAACGCUCAACUUCUUCAAUAUCAUGUUGAAGAAACGGAUGAGAAACGAAGACAAGGACACAGACUUGGAUGACGGAGAGAAACCCAAAAAGAAAGGACAGAAGAAAGUAAAGUCAAAAAGUGAUUUGAUGUUGACAGAUAUGGAUGACUGGGCUGAACUGUCGGAUGAAGAAGAUAGAGAAGAAUUUGAUGAUGAUGAGAAGGAAGACAAAGAUGAUGAUGAAAAGAAAUCCAAGAAGAAAGGCAAAAAGGCAAAAGGUCCGGUGAAGAAGAAGAAGAAUUCAAAACUGAACUCUGACGAUGAAGCUGUUGAAGAAAGCGAUGAGGGAGAUUAUGAUGACAAAGAGGUUGAUUAUAUAUCGGACACAAGCAGUAGUGAUUCGGAAUUGGAAGAGAGUGCAGCCAAACCAGACAACUGCCAGGAUAAGGGGGUUGAUGAGGAGGCAGGGUUGAGGAAUCUCAUUGACUCAGAGGCAGAGGCAGAGGCUGAAGAUGAAGAAAAGGAAGAGAACAAACUGGAGGAUGAAAAUGAAGAUGACAAAGACAAAAAUGGAAAAGCUAAAAAUGCAGACUCGGAUAGUGACAGUAGUAGUUCCAGUUAUGGCAGUGAUUCAGACAUUGAAGGGGAAGGAACUCUAGUAGCAUCAGCAUUAUUGAUGCAGAAAAAUCUAGAGAGGGCAAAAGAAAGAGAAGGUACUUCAUCUCCUAAGCCUGGAGCAUCUGAAGAAAAAGCUUUAAAAAGAAAGCUGGAAAGUGACCAGACCCCGUCAAAGAAGGCCAGGCUAGAGAGUCCCGUCACCGUGCAGAGCAGUAGUUCAGUCAGUGAUGGGAUAACAGAAGAAGCCAUAAGAAGGUAUCUUAUGAGGAAACCAAUGACAACAAAAGACUUGUCACAGAAGUUCAAGAAAAUGGCAAAAAAAAUGAACAUGACAAACGAAGAAAUGACACACACAAUUGCACAAUUACUCAAACGCAUAAACCCCGAACGACAAAUGGUGAAAAAUGUAUUAUUUUUAUAUUUAAAGAAACCAGAAUGACCACGUCUAUUAGAGGUUUAGGAUUUACUGAUGUCAUCUAAUUAAAGAGAAGAUCCUGAAUGCAGUACAUUGCAGGGAAAAUUGCAAAGGGCGUUGGCUUAGAAUUGUACAUCAACCAAGUUGAAUGCACAGUAUCUGAAAAACGGGACAUCACUGCUGCUUGAAAUGACUGAAGAGGAGAUCAAACACAGAAAGCUUUAGCACACAAUCAACAUGAUGUUGUUUUCGCUCUAAUGCUUUUAACACCCUCCCAUUCUCAUAAAUCUAAUUCCAGGGAAAGAUUAUGGCCAUUUGGAAUUUGGUUAAAGUUUUUCUAACUGCUUUUAAACUCCCAUUUCUUUUAAAGUAUGGUUUUUAGUCUUAGUAUUGAGCAGGUUGUGGAAUGCAUUACAAAAUACUAGGAUGAAUGUGGUAUUAGUUAAAACUAAUGCAAUAUAGCCAUUUUUAAAAAAAAAACAAUCCGUAGCACACUUACAAAGAUUGAUUUUAUAUUUUGUGUAUCUAAUACAUAACAUGAGCCAUCGUGGGUUGGCCAUUCUAGUUACUAAAGAAACAUGAAUACAAGUGUACUCUUUCUACAAAAUAUAUUUAGAAAGAUGUUGGAUUAGAAUAUAUUUUGGAGUACAUGUAGAUGCUCUCAUGAAUCUGUUUUAAGGCUGUUCCAGAACUAAUCAUAUUUUGGAAAUGGUUGGAGGCAAUUUAAUUCUUAUUUAUGUCUGGUAGGUUUGCCAUAUAUUUUUUGUCUAUGCAUACAUGGUUUGUAUUGAUUUUGUGGGUGGUGGUGUUUGACAUCCAAUAGCUGAUGAUUAAUACAUCUUUGUGCUCUAGUGGUGUUGUUAAACAAAACAAACUUUAACUUUUUGUGGGUGGUGGACAUGUAACAAAAUUGCCUCCUCCCACCCCAGCCCAUGAGUGUGAUCAGUUCUGAAAAGAUAGAGUAGCCAAAACAAUAACACAUACAUUCCUUUUUCUUUGAUGCAUGAUAAAUGCAUUGUUUACAAAAUACUAUAUGCAUCACAUUUUUUCUAUUGUGUUUAUUCAUUGUUCAUUUUGUUUGACGUGUUGUUGGACAAGUCACAUGAUUUGACAAUGACUUCAUUCAUUAAUGGAUCAAUAUAUUGAGGGGCAAUUGAUCAUCAGUAAGUAUUGUUCAUUUAAAUUUACUGUUGUGCUUCGAUCCAGUUGUUUGCUCAGGACUGCGUGCUUAUAUCUUAACUGGAUAUAAGCAUAAAAAUAAGUUAAAAAUGGAGAGAAAAAAGAUAGUUCAGUCAUGCUAUCUUAAGCACAUCUUGGCUGGACACAGGACAGAGCUUAAUGAUCAGUCAUUAUUGAGAAGAAAGACUGAAUGAUCUUACGCCUAAAUCACAUUUUAUCUGGCAACCACUGUUUCUAUUAGCUGAUUAUGAUGACCAAUUAAAGCAAAAUCAUAAACAUAUACUAGCAGAUUAUGAUGUGUGAAAUCACACGUAUAGCUACAUUACAAAAUAGCUCAAUUGACCUUGAAGUCAUCGCACAAUGUAGCUAAAAUAACCGAAAUAAUAGCUUUUCCCCUUAUUUUUUUUCAUUUAUGCAGGAUAAAGAUAAUAACUAGUUAAUGACGUAGGAUAUCAGCCUUAUUCUGUUCAGCCCAAAUGAGAAAUUCCUAAUCCUCACUGAGCCAUGGAAACUCACUCUAGGAUGGAUUGGAGUUGGUAUUGGGUCAUGAACCAUGCAACUACCAGUCUUAAAGCCAAUGGCUUAGCCACUGUGUUAUGUUGUCCAAUAGUACUUGCCAGAAUGGAAUCUAUUAUUUACAAUAUACAAAUCAGAAGACCUAAUAAUUUCUAUUCUGACUACAGUAUUCUUAACUGUAAGUUGACAAAUGAGUAGUAUGAACUUUCCUGAAAUUCUACAAAGAAUUUAUUGUGAUUUUUUAAAUGCAGUUUAAUCAAAAUGGGGAGUUGUCUUUCAAUAAUACAAGUCAUGUCCUAGCUGGAUAUUUUAAACGGAUAUUUAUGGAUGAUCUCAACAUGUACAAUGUUAUACAUGUUCAUUUGAUGGUAAUAAAAGUACUCCAUCAGAA